CCGGCCUGUCCACGCGUCCUAAGGGUGAGCUGUAUCACACCUGAAUCACUUUGUUUUGUCGCUCAGAUUAUGUGCUAUUUUGUGUUUAUGUAUUUUGAUUAAAUAAUUGCGUGAUAAUUGUAUAAAUAAAUAGUGAAUUGUAAAAUUAACUCAGCUACAACAUGGAGAGCCAGAGCGAGCCAGAUGAUGACGGCUCGGCUUCUCCUAUAAUAUCAACUUAUAAAUCCGACAUCGGAAGUGGAAAAAGAUUGCUUUACGCGUCCGCGACUCAGCGAUACCCUGACAUAAACCAUCGUGACUUAUCGAUUUGUGCCCCGAUAAAUAACAAGAACCUGACGAUAUCGACUAACAAUAAUAACGAAAAUAACGUUUUGGUGCCUGCUGUAACUAUUCAAAAUAACUUGCCGAUUCCUACCGCAAUAAUCAAUGAGCGCCUGAUAAUUUCAACGAGCAAUAGCAACGUCUCGACACCUGCUAAUACAAUUCAAAAUAACAUACCGAUUUCCGGUGCGAUCAUGCAAAAUAAUGUGCAAUUUCCCAUCGCAACAAAUUACAAUAACGUGUCGAAUCCUGGCGCUAUAAAUGGCGAGAAUAUCGUGUCGUCUUUUGCUGCAAUAAAUAACCACGUACCAGUUUCGACCGUGAUAAACAAUAACGACGUGCAAACUUCUACCGCGAGCAACGCUUCUAACAAUGAAUCCAGUCGAAUAUUAUCGUCGUUAGCGGAUAUAUUAGAUAGGUUAACAAACCAAAAUCAAACAAACAUGAAUACAAAUAAUCAACUGUUAGCUGGCAUUUUGUCAAAAGCUGUGACUUCGUCACAACGCCCAAGGCUAAGCGAUAUUUAUAUUGCGCCAUUCAACCCGGAUGGUGAAGUUCCAGUGAGAGACUGGUGCGAGCACGUAGAUAGGGCUAAACAACAUUGGAAUCUAACGGAUUACGAGAUUUGUACUAAAAUUGCGGGACUAUUACAGGGUCGAGCGAAGACCCUCGGAGAUACGUGGCUUGUAAAAUCCCCACUUUGGAGCGACAUGCGAGAUGCUUUAGUGCAGACGUUUGAACCUGAAGCACGGUAUUCAAAUGAUAUAGUGAAAUUACGUAACUUCAAAUUCGAUGCGUCAAAUCCAUCAGAAUCUAUUACACGGGCGUGGACUAUUUGGAAGAGAAUUAUGAGCGGUGAUAGGGAAAAAGAUGCUGUCGAAGCAAUUAUAGGUUGUAUUGAUAAUGAAUACCUGCGAUUACGCCUGAUAUCGAGUAAAUGCAUAACCGUGCCUGAAUUGAUCUCUGUUGUGUCAACUACAAAAACCCGCGAACCCAAGAGUGUUGAACCACCAGCCAAACGGCCUAGGCUUCGCAACAGUCGAGACGAAUCGCUCCUGUCUUGUUUCAAAUGUGGCAAGGUUGGCCAUGUGCAAUCAAAUUGUUUCAAUAGUAAAUUUAGUGAACCUAAGCCUCUGUUAACCAUUGAUGACUCAACAGUGAGCACGAAACCCAUAGAAAAGCAACCAUCAAAAUGUACUUAUUGUGGGAAAUUAGGUCACACAGAAAUGGUUUGCUUCAAAAAACUCAAGGACGAUGGUGACAAAAUAGCUUAG